AUGGAUUCCAACACUGUCUUCUUCUCUUCAAAAUUCCAGACCCCAACUCGCCCACCUUCUUCUCCAUUGCGCUCUUGCACUAACCGCCCUCUAAUCAGCCGACAAUUCCUUGGUUUCAAUCACACUCUCAGGCCUCCCGGCGGUGCUUCUUCUCUCAGAAAGAAAAACAAAACCUUGGGGUUUCUGCGCCUCCACUCUCCUCGCUUUAUCGUCAGAGCUUCUAUCGACUCCAAUUUGGUUCUCGUUGUCAUCGGUGUCACCGCAUUAUCUGCUUUAUCUCUUGCUUGCUACAAUCGGUUUUUUAGAAAGAUUGGGAGUUCAAAAACGGUAUCUGGUUCCUCACAUUCUGCUUUACCCCAACAAAGAUUAGGAAAAGAUGGGGCAGUCCAGACCGCUGAGAGUCAGGUUUUGGACAUCGGGGAUCUUAAAAAGGAGAACUUUGCAAAAGGAAAGGAUGAUUUGAAAGAGGAGAUAAAAGAAGCCACUUAUGCUUCUGAAAGUAAAGAGGCGCUUUUGCAGUUUCAAGAAACUACUGUGGCGAAUGAUGAUUCUCUGUUGCAUAAAACAUCAGAUUCAAGUGGUGCUGAUUGUCUUGCAGUUACUGCUAAUGGUUUCGAUGUUUCUGAAGAAUCUGGUACUACUGAUCUACCUCUUCCACCUACUGUGCUGCUUGAAUCAGGGGCAGUGGAGCCACUUAUGUUUGCAGCAGAAAUGUCUGAACUGCAUUUGGAAGAAGUUGAAAGAGUAAAUGAAUUUGAAGCUGAUCUUCCGAGACUAGCUGUAGAGCCUGAGUCUAGUGCUUCUUCAGUUCUUGUAAAAGAUGCUCAUGUCCUUGUUGGAGAAGGUGAAGUUACUAGACAUUAUGACAUAUUCAAAGAAUCUGUCAGAGAAGAGCUUCACACCUUCUAUGAGGCUGAUCAGUUGGUGGCAAAAUCUUCAACAAACUUAAACGGUCUCAAACCAGCAUCUUCUCGCGUGUUCUCUCCAAAUAGCAAUAGUUUUUCUUCACUGAUGCAGAAUAGCGAACUAAAAAGGGCCCAGUUAUCAUCAAAGAACUGUCUCCAAACUGCAGAUAUGGCUGAAGGAAAAGUAGCUCAGGCAUGUUCCAACAGAGUCUCUUCUCACAAAAGACAAGACUUUGGAAGGGGUCGGGAAAUUCCAAGAGACAAGGGAAAAAGACACUCUAUUCAGGAGAAGGAUACAAAGUUGCCCAAGUUUCCCUUCCCAAAUGGGAUGCUUGCUGACAACAAGCACCGUCCUGAAGAUCAUUUCAGAUCUUACAAUCGUCUACUAAGAGAUGGAAGGCUAAGUGAUUGUGUAGAUUUGCUUGAAGAUAUGGAACAAAGGGGUUUACUGGAUAUGAAUAAGGUUUAUCAUGCAAAGUUUUUCAAAAUCUGCAAUAGGCAAAAGGCUGUAAAAGAAGCUUUCUGUUUCACCAAGCUGAUUCCAAACCCGACCUUGAGUACAUUUAAUAUGCUGAUGUCUGUCUGUGCAAGUUCUCAAGAUUCAGAUGGAGCCUUUGAAGUUUUACGAAUUGUCCAAGAAGCUGGGUUCAAAGCUGAUUGCAAACUUUACACUACAUUAAUAUCAACAUGUGCCAAAAGUGGAAAGGUGGAUACAAUGUUUGAGGUAUUUCAUGAGAUGGUGAAUUCUGGGGUGGAACCUAAUGUUAAUACAUAUGGAGCGCUGAUUGAUGGUUGUGCCAGAGCUGGGCAAGUGGCCAAGGCAUUUGGUGCUUAUGGAAUAAUGAGAUCUAAGAAUGUAAAGCCAGACCGCGUUGUAUUCAAUGCACUUAUCACUGCAUGUGGUCAAUCUGGAGCAGUGGAUCGUGCUUUUGAUGUGUUAGCAGAAAUGAUGGCUGAAACACAGCCUAUAGACCCUGAUCAUGUCACUGUUGGUGCAUUGAUAAAGGCAUGUUCAAAUGCUGAUCAGGUUGAUCGGGCACGGGAAGUAUACAAGAUGAUACAUGAAUUCAGCAUCAAGGGUACUCCAGAAGUUUAUACAAUUGCUGUUAAUUGUUGCAGCCAGACUGGUGAUUGGGAGUUUGCAUGUAGUGUCUAUAGUGACAUGAAAGGGAAAGGUGUGGCUCCUGAUGAGGUGUUUAUAAGUGCAUUAAUAGAUGUUGCAGGGCAUGCUGGAAAGCUGGAUGCUGCUUUUGAAAUCCUAGAGGAAGCAAAGAAUCAAGGGAUAAAUGUUGGGAUUGUGUCAUAUAGUUCAUUGAUGGGAGCCUGCAGUAACGCUAGAAACUGGCAGAAGGCACUGGAGCUGUAUGAAAAUAUAAAGGCUGUUAAACUGAAUUUAACAGUUUCUACAGUUAAUGCUUUAAUAACUUCCUUGUGUGAAGCAGAUCAGCUGCCAAAGGCCAUGGAAAUUCUAUCAGAGAUGGAGGAGUUGGGAUUGUGUCCAAAUACUGUAACAUACUCCAUACUUUUGGUGGCAAGUGAAAGAAAGGAUGAUCUUGAAGUAGGCCUCAUGCUCCUCUCUCAAGCAAGAAAAGAUGGGGUUGCACCUAACCUCAUCAUGGCUAGAUGCAUAAUCGGCAUGUGCUUGCGAAGAUUUGAGAAGGCUUGUAAGGUUGGUGAGCCUGUUUUGUCUUUCAAUUCAGGACAGCCGCAUAUUGAAAACAAAUGGACAUCAGUUGCCCUAGCAGUCUACCGUGAAACCAUUGUUGCUGGUACAGCACCUACCAUGGAUGUUAUUUCACAAAUUUUAGGAUGUUUGCAGCUCCCUCGUGAUGAUUCAUUGAAAAGUAGACUCGUUGAGAACCUGGAAGUUAGUGCUGAUGCAACAAGAUGCUCUAGCCUUAGUUCAUUGAUAGAUGGAUUUGGUGAAUAUGAUCCUCGUGCUUUUUCAUUACUUGAGGAGGCUGCGUCUUUUGGGAUUGUUCCAUGUGUAUCCUUCAAAGAAAGUCCUAUUGUUGUUGAUGCAAGAGAGUUGCAAAUUAAUAUGGCGGAGGUUUACCUAUUAACCAUAUUGAAAGGUCUCAAGCAUCGGCGUGCUGCUGGUGCAAAAUUGCCCAGUAUAUCUGUCUUACUGCCCUUGGAGAAGACACAAGUCUUGACCCCUGAAAGGGAGAAAUCAAUUAAUCUUGCUGGAAGGAUUGGCCAGGCAAUUGCAGCAUUAUUGAGAAGGAUUGGAUUACCAUACCAAGGGAAUGAAUCGUUCGGGAAAAUCAGAAUAAAUGGGCUUGCACUAAAAAGAUGGUUUCAACCAAAGCUUGCUUCUCCUUUCACUGGAAAACCAGGAGAGUGGAAUGCCUCCCAAAUGCGAUUGGGAAAAGGAAUCUCCCAUCAGCAACGCAACAUUCGAACUGGCAAUCUGUCUUUGGAUUAAGAGCAGAAUCUUCAGAACUGCAACUUGGAAGGAUUAGUUUUGUGUUUCCUCUAACGUAAGCCGACGCUCUUUAGCAAUUCAACCACUGAUUUCCACUUUCAUGCUCUCGAUCAUGCUUUGGUUGCUACCUUGGAAUCCAAGGAAUUGCAAAGAAAAGGCAGAAGCUCCCAUUUAGUGACUGGAUUGAGGAGUGGUUGAUGGGGUUGUCAACAGAGAAUCUGAUCUCAUGUUCUUUGGUGUAAAGAGGGUGGGGGGAGGGAUUUCGUAUCCUUCAUUUUGUGAAGUAUAACAUAUGACCACAUUAAAUCAGUCGUCAAGGUUAAUAAAAGUAUCUGUCUGAGGGUUGUUUCAUCAAGUUAUGUAUGGUAUCGUAAACCACCUGUAAAAUAUUCUAUAUAUAAAGGAAGAAAACAGAGUUGGAACAUAUUUCCAGUAAGUGCUUGUUAGUAAUAAAGUUAUUAUUGACUCGGCGCA